GAUGCCGCCAUGCAGCACUAUGGGGUGAAUGGCUACUCUCUACACGCUAUGAACUCACUCAGUGCCAUGUACAACCUGCAUCAGCAGGCAGCCCAGCAGGCCCAGCAUGCCCCUGACUACCGGCCAUCAGUGCAUGCGCUUACACUGGCUGAGCGCCUAGCUGACAUCAUCUUGGAGGCCCGCUAUGGUUCCCAGCACCGCAAACAACGUCGUAGUCGCACGGCAUUCACAGCCCAGCAGCUCGAGGCCCUGGAAAAGACCUUCCAGAAGACUCAUUACCCAGACGUGGUGAUGCGUGAGAGGCUGGCCAUGUGUACCAAUCUGCCUGAGGCUCGUGUGCAGGUGUGGUUCAAGAACCGCAGGGCCAAGUUCCGGAAGAAGCAGCGCAGCCUGCAGAAGGAGCAGCUCCAGAAGCAGAAGGAGGCAGAGGGCUCCCACGGAGAAGGCAAGAUGGAGGCCCCAGCCUCAGACACACAGCUGGAGGCAGAACAGCCUCCCAGUCUGCCCAGUGGUGACCCUCCUGCUGAGCUCCAGCUGAGCCUGUCAGAGCAGUCAGCCAGUGAGUCAGCCCCGGAAGAUCAGCCUGACCGUGAUGAGGACUCCAGAGCUGGGACAGAGGAGCCCAAAGCUGAAAAGAGCCCUGGAUCUGAGAGCAAGGUGCUGGGCUGCAAGAGGGGCAGCCCUAAGGCAGAUUCCCCAGGCAGCCUGGCCGUCGCAGCCCCAGGGGGCGGCCUCCUGGGCCCCUCCCACUCCUACUCCUCGUCCCCACUCAGCCUCUUUCGGCUACAGGAGCAGUUCCGCCAGCACAUGGCAGCCACCAACAACCUGGUGCACUACUCGUCUUUUGAAGUGGGAGGCCCAGCGCCUGCUGCGGCUGCUGCGGUGCCCUACCUAGGCGUCAACAUGGCCCCACUGAGCUCCCUGCACUGCCAGUCCUACUAUCAAUCCCUGUCAGCAGCGGCUGCUGCGCACCAGGGUGUGUGGGGAUCCCCAUUGCUGCCGGCGCCCCCUACAGGCCUGGCACCCGCCUCAGCAGCCCUGAACAGUAAAACCACGAGCAUCGAAAACCUUCGCCUCCGGGCCAAGCAGCACGCUGCCUCCCUGGGACUUGAUACGCUCCCAAAUUGA